AUGGCGGCGCCGGCUCUCCGUACCACCGCGCGGCUGGGACUUGCACUUGAGGGUCCCACCGCCGCGAGACGGCGCGGGGUCUUGGCGCCUGUUGCGGUCCCGGCCGCGCCGUGCCUGAGGAAGGCGGCGGUCCGGUGCCAGCGAGCCGUCGGCGCCGCCAUUGUCGAGAAGAAGGAUGCCUCGGUGGUGGAGGCUGCGCAGGAGAGAAGCGGCGACGGGGGCGCGGCGCCGGAGCUCACCGUCGUGAUGAAGUUCGGCGGGUCGUCGGUGGCCUCGGCCGAGCGGAUGCGGGAGGUGGCAGACCUCAUCCUCAGCUUCCCCGAGGAGCGCCCGGUCGUCGUGCUCUCGGCGAUGGGGAAGACCACCAACAAACUGCUUAUGGCAGGGGAAAAAGCAGUGCGCUGCGGCGCGACCAACGUCUCGGAGCUUGACGAGCUCUCCUUUGUAAAGGAAUUGCAUCUUGGGACGCUUGAUCAGCUUGAGCUAGAUAGGUCAAUUGUUUAUGGUUUGUUGGAUGAACUUGAACAACUUCUUAAGGGAAUUGCUAUGAUGAAAGAGCUGACUCUUAGGACACGAGAUUAUCUAGUUUCAUUUGGUGAAUGCAUGUCUACAAGAAUAUUUGCUGCACUUUUAAACAAAAUCGGGGUAAAAGCUCGGCAGUAUGAUGCAUUUGAUCUUGGCUUUAUAACUACUGAUGAUUUCACAAAUGCGGAUAUUCUGGAAGCAACUUAUCCUGCUGUUGCAAAGAGGCUACAUGGGGACUGGAUUAAGGAUCCUGCUAUUCCUAUAGUCACAGGCUUUCUUGGAAAGGGAUGGAGAUCUGGUGCAAUAACCACCUUGGGCAGGGGUGGUAGCGACUUGACAGCUACAACCAUUGGCAAAGCCUUGGGAUUAAGAGAAAUCCAGGUUUGGAAAGAUGUUGAUGGUGUUUUAACAUGUGACCCAAAUAUCCAUCCUAAGGCAAAACCUGUGCCAUACUUGACAUUUGAUGAGGCAGCCGAACUUGCCUAUUUUGGAGCGCAGGUUUUGCAUCCACAAUCAAUGCGACCAGCUAGAGAAGGUGAUGUACCUGUUAGGGUUAAGAACUCUUAUAACCGUCGAGCCCCUGGUACUCUUAUCACUAAAGAAAGAGAUAUGAGUAAGGUUUUUUCGAUAUUUGAAGACUUGGGCAUCUCUGUUGAUUGUGUGGCUACCAGUGAAGUCAGCAUAUCUUUGACACUGGAUCCAUCGAAACUAUGGAGUUGUGAAUUGGUUCAGCACAAAAAUGAACUUGAUGAUGUCAUUGAAGAUCUUGAGAAGAUAGCAGUUGUUCAUUUACUGCAGAAUAGGUCAAUAAUAUCUUUAAUUGGAAAUGUGCAGAGGUCGUCUUUGAUUCUUGAAAAGGCUUUCAAUGUUCUACGAAGAAAUGGUGUCAAUGUCCAGAUGAUAUCGCAAGGGGCGUCCAAGGUGAACAUUUCCUUGGUGGUCCAUGACAGUGAGGCAAAGCAGUGUGUUCAAGCCCUCCACUCUGCGUUCUUUGAGAAUGGCUUCUUGUUGGAAGCUGACGAGUUGGAAGUUCUGCACGAUGGCUUUACAUCGCAUCCCAAUGGCACAAUCCGCAACCCUUAG